AUGAUGGAACACGUGCGAAUAUUUGAUUGGUGCUCAUCAGCACAUGAUAGGUACUUUGUAGAGGAAACAGACUUAGAUAAUUGCAAUACUGAGAAAAUCCUGAGGAAUAAGUUCAUUGACCCUUUAGUAUCUAGCGACUCUGAAGAUGAAGCUCCUAAGAAAAUUGACUGGGAUGAAGUAUUUCAAGAUAAAAAGACUCACAAUGGCAGAUUGCAUGUGCCAUGUCUCCGUCGGGUAGCUCAGUACCCAAAGUUGUCUAAAUUGGCUCCUAACAAACAUUAUCAGAUGUUAAAGGUUUUAUGUACUGAGAAUCCUCAUAUUUUAGGAGAUUCCUUUAUAGGCAAGCCUUCCAGACAAGACUUUAAAGUAUUUGAGACUGAAAAAGAGACAUAUUUAGCUGAACAAAAAGAGUACAGAGACUGGGCGAAGACAAUCUGGACAACUGAUCACUUUAUUCGUGCUUUACGACCGAAACCUUUAGUGGAGGCUGUGUACGAGGCUGAGUUCAAAAUGAAAGCUUUACGGAUGCGCAGCCUACCAAAGCAAUAUGAUUUGGCUGCUCAGAUAACUCUUGAUAGUACGAGGAGUAACUGUGAUGCUGUGCUUAAACAGGAAUUGAUUGGUGUGUCCUCAGCGGAAGUACCUUUAAUUCAAUUGCCAAGGAAAAUAACGAAAGCAAUCAAUAUUAUUACACCUUGCAUAGUGCCAGAACCAUGCCAGAAACAUCCUUACCAAAUUGUAUUACCUCAUGAAAAUACACUAUCAAUGAUGCCAAUAACAGAGGUACACAAAGAGCUGGCAACCUUUGCAUGGACCAAUGGAGUACAGUACAUAGCAAGUGAAAAUGCUCUGAAGUGUCUUGUACAGUGGAACCGAUAUUGGACAAUACCCCUGUCUGUUUGUGAAAGUCUUAGUCCUGACGGCGACAAAGCUAAUGUAGUAGUAUUGGACAGUGAGUUCUCAGUGAAAAAAGAAGUUGCAACAAUCAGGACCUACAAAGCGUUCAGACAUUUACUAGAAUCCACACUUAUACCGUUAGCAGAAAAGGAGAAAGCACGGAAGAAUUAUACAAAUAAAGAAAAGCCAAAAGAAAUAGGUACCAAAUUCUAUGUGAAUGCAAAAUCUAUAUUUGAAAGCAGUGAGUUAUCAAGUGAUGAGGAGGAGGAAAGUUUAGUUAUUGAUACAGGAGAGGUCACAGAGUUUGACUCAUCAAACCCAAAAAAGAGGUUGAAGACUGAAGAUAGCGUGAGAAGGUCGGCUCGAUUGACAAGUAACGAGAGCAUUGGGUACAAUACCAGGGCUGCUAGUCGCAGGGUCAGUGAGGAGUGCCAGGACAUAGGAGUCUAUAGCUGCACUUGUAAAGAUACGAUCUAUGAAAAGCCUCCACGUCGUUCCUAUAAAAAGUGGCAGUUUAGAAACAAAACAGACAAUGAACACCUCGACGUUAUCAUACAUUGUCCACACAAAGCUAGGGAUGGCUCAAGGGAACUAAUAUUUGAACCAACACCAGAAUACCAGUUAGAUUUAGGAGCCAGUGAACAAUCCAUAGACAGCUUGCGAAGCGUCGCCCUUUCACUCGCGCUCAGGAAGAAUGCUGCUGUAGUAAAUGUUCGCGUGGAUGGAUCGGGAGGUGACAUAGCGACGAUCGACCAGCUGACUGCCGAAAGGUUUACAAAGAAACACCCUGACGUGACACGAGAAGUCAUCACCGCCGUGCAUACCACCCUCAGUCAGUUGCAGGGGCUACUGCCUGGGCACUAUGUACUGCUACAUGAGCCAAGUCAUGGAGCAAAUAGUUUGCUUCUAUCGUCCCGGUCUGGCCGUGGCGCUCGCCUACUGCUUCAGUUUGACAGCUCCCAGCUGGCCGAGGCGGACGAAGCACGCAUGGUGCGCAACCCGCCUGUAAUCAGCAAUGCACUACUACCAUACCACAAAUACCGUAAAAUUCUACCCUGCGCCUUCACGCCUUACGAGACACAAUUAGCCAAAGAGGUAAAAAAACCGGCGACUAAGAAGAAAACCCCACCACAAGCUCUCAAGUUGCAAGCGGAGCAGCCGGAUAGCGAGGCCAGUCCAAAGGUACCAUUGGGGUUAUCCAACGAAUUUGUCUUUCUUCCCGACGUAAAGUAUCACACUGAGUGCAAUGGCUUACAGAGAUUAGCCUGGUAG